AUGAUUUCGACCAAAACACUUCUCAUAUUCUUGGCGUUUUUCGCGCAGAAUUCGGCGGCAAACCCAUCUUCGUUCAGUUCUUCUGAUCCUAAGGCAAUUAAAGCCGCUCAACAUUUUGUGGAUUCUUUGUGGAAAAUGCACGAAACUAUUGGUUUUAAGAAGAUUGGUAUUUAUUUUACUGAUAAUUUUGAGAGAAUUACGAUUAACAAAAAAGGUACAGAAUAAGGGUGAGUCAAAUAUCAAAAAACACUAUAAACCAGUGGAAAAUAACUUCUUCCUUCAGCCCAAUAUUUAAAGGAAGUUCAAAAAAAUUUCGGAACCGCACUUGGCUUGAGACUUUUCUACAAGUACGAUCGAAUCGCAUAUUUUGAGCAAAAAGAGGACGGAAUCAAGUAUUUGACUUUCAAUGUUCGAAGAAAUUCGACAUAUACUUGCACAACUAAUUUGAUCGAAAAUCCGGCGAUUUUGGGAGGAUACCAGAUUCGACGAAUCACUGACUUCAAAGCUUAA